AAAUCUCAUCACUGCCCUCUCUCUCUCUCUCUCUCUCUCUCUAAAACGUGGACAUUCUUGUGUGUUUGUUUUAUUUUUCCAACGUUGUAGAGAUUUAUUCCCGGUACCGGAGGAGGAGGUGAAUUAACCGAGCCACGGCUGAGUAAACGGAGGGUUAUGAUGGGGAGCUGACAGGAGAGGACUUCCCAAAGGCUGCUGACAUCCAAGUAACAAUUUCACUAGGCGUUUUUCUGAGUGGAUAAAACACCAAAUAUCAGGGGACACGCAAAGACACGGGAUUAACAACCGCGCGGAGUUGGAGAUAAAAACGGUGUGUCUUGAUUAUCCGGUGAUAAUGAACCCCUGAAGGAUGUGUUGCCGCUACAUGCACGUUACUUUCCCUGAGAUAAGGUAGGAGCUGCUGUAGAAAAGGAGGAGGCAAGGACCACUUGCACUUGUUUUCUCCUCCCUGAAACAAAUUAGGCGGUUUCAGUCACUUCAAAUCCAAGCGGUCGGAUGAUUCAACAGAAGAGCAGCUAAUCUGUGGAAUCUAUUCUUUUAAUCCCACCAGCUCUGCCUGCUUUUAACAAAUCUUCCAGUGUGUGUUUUCUUUUUUUUUUUUUUUUUAAAGUGGCCAGCACCGUGAUUAUUCAAGGAUGCGACCAGUAGACGUGAUUGUCUUCCGGACUUUUUUAGUCAAGUAGGAGGGGAGGUGGUGGGGGGGUGGGUGGGGGUGGGAAUAAGACAAGUGGGCCCUUAUGCACACAAACUGGAGAGACCCACAUAAUCAGAGAUCUAAAAUCAUCUUGUGACCUCACCUCCUGAUUUUUCAAACUACAUGGAACAUUUGAAAGUGUUUACUGAACCGACCUUUCUGGAUGCAUGAAGAACACUCCUGGCCUUGAAUCCUCUCCAAGCCCAAUCUUACAUCUUUGAUCCCUGACCCCCUUGUUUGAUGGAAAUCCUGGUACCACAUAGCCGCCUGUUUACCCGUCCCUGACCCCAUUCAUUUGAAUGAAGUUGUAGCCUUUUAUUCCUCUUUGCUCCAGUGAGUACAGGGGCUGCUCUCUGUUCUCUGAGGCCGAACGCUGGGCUUCACCACCUGGGCUGCCAGCCAGCCGGACGGGGCCUCUCUGGGGGCUUCUUGGAUUUCUAAGGUCCAGCUGGAGAUUUUGGGAGUUUUAAUCUACACUUUCUAAUUCUUCACCACGUGGAUCACGGGAGAGAAGGUGGAGGACACCAUGGGGUGCUGUAGUGGCAGAUGCACCUUGGCCUUCAUAUGUGGCAUGCAGCUGGUCAGCGUGUUGGAGCGUCAGGUGAUAGAUUUCCUGGGCUACCAGUGGGCUCCCAUCCUCACCAACUUCAUCCACAUUAUCGUCGUCAUCCUGGGCCUGUUUGGCACUAUUCAGUUCAGGCCGCGAUAUGUCACUGGGUACGCGGCCUGGCUGGUGGUGUGGAUGACCUGGAAUGUUUUCAUCAUCUGUUUCUACCUGGAGGUUGGAGAUCUGUCCAAGGACUCUGACCUUGUCCUGACUUUCAACCUGUCCAUGCAUCGCUCCUGGUGGAUGGAGAACGGCCCUGGGUGCAGGGUGAUGCCUAUCACCCCUCCCCCCUCCUGGGCACCCGAGGACCACCGAUAUAUAUCUAUAUCUGGCUGUCUGAUGGAUUUCCAGUUCAUAGAGGUGGCUCACUCCUCGCUGCAGAUACUGCUGGCUCUGAUGGGGUUUAUCUACGCCUGCUAUGUGGUGAAGCUCAUUUCAGAAGAAGAGGAUAGCUUUGAUUUUAUAGGAGGGUUUGACUCGUAUGGUUACCAGGGGCCUCAGAAGACAUCUCAUCUUCAACUACAGCCCAUGUACAUGUCAAAAUAAACACAGGAGCUACACCAGGAGCGCUGCCUUACCCAUCACCACUGCUUUACAUCAUGCCUCUAUUACUCCAACAACGAAGAUCGACGAGUAAAAAGGAUACUGAAGACAUUUCAACUGAUAAUCCCCCUUGUACUUGGUAUACCAGUCUGCUGUUUUGAAUGGAGUCAAGUUUGUUCAUGAAGAAACACUGGCCUCGUGUGGUUAAAAAUGGUAACUACAGGACAUUGUUGACUCAGCCAACAGCUGCAUUUUCUUUUGUCUCCGAGGGACACAAUCAGGAGCCAAUUGCUUGCUUCCUCUUGUGCUGUUUGCGUAUCUGCGUUUGAUAACAAACCAAAGGAAUGUAAGGAGGCCACGAGUAAUUACAAUGUUUUUUUUUUUCUUCAAGAGAGAGAGACUUGCUGUUGAAGAGAAGCUAACAUGGAACCUUAGUUCUGUUUUACUGCAGACUUUAGUUGCUGUCUCUAAGUGUUGUGGUAUCUAACAGCUCCCGGGUGCAGCUAUGCCUGACCAAAGAGCUUUAAAAAGACCCCAGAGACACUUCCUAGUGUUCACACUAGAGCUUCUGCUCCUUGUGCCUGAAGAAUAGACAUCAGACUUCCAACUUAACUGACCCAGCAUCUACUAACAAGACUACCGAUAAAGGAAUGUCAGACAUCUUUGUACUAGGACUUUUUGUGUGUGUAUUUGGGAUCUUCUGAGGGGCGACAGAAGUCAUGGGAUGGACUGAAGCCACACAUUUGACUCUGUUUUUUUUCAUCCAAAACACUGAAUGUGAAAUAACAGCGCAAUGUGUAGAUUGAUAUACAUUCAUGUCAUAUGUGCAUGUAUACAGGAAACAGACACAUUCACUAACAAAGGCAUUAUGAUGAUGCAUUUGGGUAUUCACACACGCAUGCACACACAUAUACACAAACAUGCUCAUUUAACUUUUUUACUUCUAAUGUGAAUUUUAAUGUUUACAAUAGAAAGUCAGUCUGCCAGACAGAGAGACUGAAUGGAGACAGAGAGGCAGACAUCUUAGCCGCAGCAUCCCAAAGGCCAUGGGGUGUUUUCUGCCGUAUUACUAAAGAGCAAGCAGUUGUUCCAGAUGUUUCUUUUGGUCUUUUACUGUCUUAAUAUAUUGUCUUCCACCCAAGACAGGCCAGAAGAGGUUUAUAAAGACAGAAUAUGAAAAGGAAGCAGCAACAGAAGAGGGGGUUGAAAUCAGUAAAGAGUUUCUAUCCUCCUCUGACCUUCUGACGCUUCUGCUGUCACUCGCCCAUCUCCCCUUUUUCUGAUUUAUAAAUAAACAGCUGAAGGUCAGAUCAAAUGCCCUAACAGCUCAAUCUGAAGCAUCCACCUCUUCCUAAUAACAGAAAUACUUUAAAGUCUUCAGCAGGUUACAAAAAGUGGAAAAAAAACUCAGCCUACACAGAAAUGACAAUCAAAGUCAAAGUGGCCUGAGUCUUUGUCGUGAAUUGGCAUUUGUUGUAAGAAAAUUGAUAAAAAAAGAUGACAAAUGGCGGUCUUCGUCAAGUCAGAAACAUCUAGGUUAAAUUAUUUGAUUAAUUAUUUAUUGUUUUGAAUGAUGGAAAAAGAUGGUGAAAGAGGAAGAUUUGAAAUGACAGAGGUGGAAUCUUCAGUAAUGAAGGUAUCUGUCAGAUGCAGUUGACUGUACCAGAAUAUCAUCGACAAGUUUUUAACCAAGAGAUGCCAGAGACUCAGCAGCUACCUGAAUUUUAAUGUUGAAAGUGCCAACUAAAACACCACAUGGACAUAUGUAGAACCACAGACUAAGACCAAAAGUGAUGAUUACCACAGGUUUACUUUUGUUGGGUUCCCAUGUAAGAAAAAAAGAAAAGAUUUUACCACAAAAAAAAGUCUUUUGCAUUCCAGGCAUCAAACAAGUUUUCUUUUUAAUUUGCUCGGAAAAAGCUUCUUUUUUAAAAUUUCUUCUGGAAUUGUGUUUAAACAUGUUGCAUUUGAGUUGCAAUCCCUGGACCAAACUAUUGAGGCCUUCUCAGUCAACCAAGGGACAUUUCUGGUUUGAAACCCCGGCUUCUCUUUACAUAAGGAUGGACUAUUCCCCUCUGCAAGCUGAUCCCAAAGUCCACCCUCCUCCCCUAUCAGCAACUCUCAACAAAACUCUUUGGGUUACGUUCAGAGUCGCUGCCCCGCGGCUCUGAAGUACAGAAACAAUGUUCUGUGUGUUUGCAUGAGGUGUUUCCAAACUGUUGCGUAUUUAAUCUCAUGCCGCGUGUGACUAACUAGCUACUUAAAACGGGAACUGUUUGGUUUGUUGAAUGCUCCUCAGCUCUCUUGGAAGAGUCCUAAAUGUGAACUUUGUGAUUUUUCUAUACAUAACAGUCUGAAAUGUCUGCCGAGUAAAGGAGAUAAAAUACGCUACUACAUGUAAAACGAUGAAAUGUAACUUUGAACUUCUAGACGUUUUUUAAUCACAUGUGGUCGUGUUUACUGUUUUUCUAGUUGACUACUAAUGUAUGAUGUUGUGUACAAGUGGGACUACUAUGUUUUAAUUCUUCUAAUUGUACAGUGUAUUUGACAUGAGAGAGUUAGAGGAGAGUGGGAGGACAGAGAACUAGUUGCACUAUAGUCUUUAAUUCUAUCAUGUGUCAAGAAGGUGAUUUCAGUUUUACUUUAGCAAAUAACCAAGUUUACACUAUUAAUUGAAAUUAUCAACCUACACCACAUAUUAGUUUCAAAUAAUUGCAAUGAUGAGAUAAAGUCCAAACAUUUUAAUGAGGAACCAUGCAGUUAACAAAAAAAAAACAUAUUCUUUGUAAGACCUAAUGGAAAACAGAUAGUGGAUCAUGUCUCACACAAAUAAAACAAUUUGAAAUGGAUUGUUUAUUUAUUUGCCUCUAGUGGAGUCAGUAUAUUCAAUUAUCUGACAGGGUUAAACCAAUAGCAACCUGAACACCAAUCUGGAAGGUACAAAAAAAUUAAGAAUUACUCAAAAAAUCUGUAGGAAUUUCAGAGAUAUAAUGUGAGCCUGGUGUAUGCAAGUAUUUGUGUUUGUGUGUGUGAGUGGGUUUUAGACUUUGUACUGCAGUACAUUGUACUUCUGUCAUGGUGAACCGAACAACACUCAACUCAGAACCUGCAAAGCCACAAUUCAACAGAAUAAUAAACUGAGGGGAAUUGAAGGUGAACUCAUAUUUAUUUAACAAACAGCAAUAAACGCAGUGAUAAAAUCUAUUUUAAGUAAUAAUUAAGACAGAAUGUACAUAGUUAUGUCCUUAUCUUCACAGUUGCUUGAACACAUUUAGACUUUAGAACAGUAAAUAGAGAUUUUGUCUGAAGUUCUAAGAAUGCAAAUCUGUACAUAGACAGUUAAACAUAGGCAGUUAGCUGAGGUCAAGCCAUUAUUAUGUAUAGUAGUGGCAAACCUUCAGUCAAGACAUUGUUGAGUUCAGAAUCUAUAGUAAAAUUAGAAUUAACUCCUUAAAUUUAACAAAGCAUCUCCGAGGCUUUACAGUUGUGGCAAGAGUAUAAAGUUAUAGUUAUUCCAAAAUAUGAUACUAAUAAGAUACUAAAUACAUGUUUGCAUUCACAGUGCACACAGUUCUUUUCAAGGUCUUUUAGAACGGUCAACGAUGUACAAUGAGAUUAAUAUGAAAACCCAUCACACAAAAGAAAUGUAUAGGACCAAGGACAAAGCCUUGAGCUACUCCACAGAUCAGCUACUUCACAAGCAGCUGUUUACAGAUUAUCCAAUGCUUAUCAAUUUUCCUUUCCUUUCAUUGUUGUUCAAUAAGAUUUAAAACUAAAUCAAAUUAAAAUAAAUUCAAGGAAGUUCUGCUGGAGGAGCAUAAUCGUGUAACAUUUUCAGAACAGAAACAUGUCGCCAACUGCCCAUGAAAACAGUUAUCAAAACUCUCUGUGGCUCUGGCUUGAUUGGUUGAUGUUCUCUGUGACUGGAAUCAUAUAUGUUUGAUUAAGCCCUUCUCUUUUUAUGAUGGUUUUUGCACACUUGACUGACUGUACAUAAAGUAGAAGGUUGGGAAUAAAGUUGACCUUAUUGGAGAAGGAAGAGUCUA